UACGCAUUCCUUUUCAUAAUCAGAUCCCCGUAGGUCUCAAAUCCCACAUCAUGUUCGUUAUUUGUCAGCUGUUGGUCUAGAAAUUUUUUGUCUUUCCGACUCGAAAGUUUUCACCUUUACCCGUCGAACGCUCCUCCGGCAAAAGACACUCAAAAUUCAAUGUUUGCUUGAAAUCCAAAGCCCGUGCUUAGAGCGUAGUGGAGUGGAGAGGAGUUGCCGCAAUCCUGAGUUCGAUCCCGAAUCCGAGGACCAAGUGCUGUUAACAGGAUCGAUCCCCAGAUCCCCAGAUAUCCUCACACGUGCGCCUUUAAGCCGAAGGGUGGUCGCACUCGUGAAUUAUGUGACAGCGGCACUUCGGGGACAGCGCCAGGGCCGGGUUUACCACUAGGUCUCCGGAGCACAAGGAUCCGGAAACGAAACCUGAGAUUAAGACGUCGAGACCACAGAGGACCGAGGAGCAACAACCGAUCCCCGGGCGAUAAAGAACCCGGUGCCAUGGCCAUUCACGAGCAGAUCGACAACCUGAACAUCUGGUGGUUCCCGCGCGACUUCUGUCAGUCUCGAUUCGGAGAGUUCCAGCAGAGCGGCACCAACUCGUGCACCCUCAUUUCCCUGAUUCUGGCCGACAAAGUGGCUAAGGCGGAAAGGUUCUAUCACAGGGUCUCCGAUCUGCCGUUACGGGGAUGGGAGCUCUUCGGCAACGCCAUUAACGACGGGAACAAUGUGUACCACAAUGUGAUUACCACUAACACGCCGCACCCCAGGAAUCGCAACCUCAACAUUCCGGAUGCGAUCGCCGCCAUUCGGUCGCAGCACAAGAUGAACUUCCGGCUCGAGGAGUGGUUUUACACGCACAUGGAGGCCGAUCCCAGCAGUCCCAUGUACAACCGGAACGUGGCGGUGCAACUGUCGCGGAUUUUUCAGAUCACGCUGCAGGUGUUUCAGCAGGCCAACGUGAGGGACAAUACACCCACGAACCUCUUCGCCGCCAUCAUUGCGGACAGUCGAACGGUGAUGGUGACCUUCGAUUUCCGGUCCUCAAUCGUCGCCCUCUUCGACUCGCACCAACACGGCCGGGAUGCGGGCGCCGUCUUCGCCCAGUGCACGCUCCAAAACAUGGACGACCUGCUCUUCUGGUUCAUCAGCAUGUUACACAACGUCUACUCCAGCCGGCCCGCACUCUUCGAAAUAUCCUUCCUCAGUUCUCAACCGGGGGUGGCCAAGCGCAUCCCGCCGGCCAUCAAGAAGGUUGCCGGAGACCUGAAGAAGCCGGUUAAGUUGAACUUCCCCAAGCCAUAGCAUUAAUCAUAUUGGCAAGACAUGGAUCUAGGCGCGGGCUAACACUUCGGAAACCAUUUCUGGGACUAUUUACGGUCAAAAUCUCAAGUUUACUAUAGCCAAAUUUGUGUGUUAAAGCGUUUAACCAUUAAAUUCCAAAUUCUUAGUUGACCAGCAACUAAUAAAUAACGAA